GUCUGUGUGGAACGUGACAGCAGGUGACACACUGCUGAAGAGGCCAGGGCUGAGCAAACAUGUGAAGCAGGGCAGCAAACAUGCGUGAGUGUGUGUCUGCAGGUGCACACAGUCAGUCAUGCAUGGGUGCACGGGAGGAUUACUUCAGUGGCCUUCUGGGCACAGAACCCAGAGACCUGAGGGGUCAGGAGGCUUUGGGCCAGAGCCUCUGUUUGAAGUGACUGUUGGAAGGUCAAUCACUUGAAUACAAAGGGAUGCAAUAAGACCAUAAAGAGACUCAAAACAAUGACAAAGACUCAAAACUAUUAGCAGAAUGACUACAACGACUGCAAAGAGAGACAAAUAACCAUAAAAAGAUGCAAAACAACCACAAACACACCACAAACAAGCCAGAGGAAACAACCACAAACCUCCCUCAGUCUGGGUGUCUUGUGCUUACGUAGGAGGGGUGAGGCACAUGUCUGUGCCCAAGGGCCCAUUGCCAUGAAAUCAGUCCAUGCCUGUGUGUGUGUAACCACACUUGCACUAUCUCUGUGUGUGUGCAAGUACAAGUGAAAUAUAGUGAAACACUGGACAUUUAUGAGUCUGGAAGUGUAAACACUGAAGGACAGAUGUCACUUUGAUGGAUUCUUCCACUGGAACACUUUUCCAGAAACACUCCAUGACCGUCCUCUGUGACAAUCACUUCCCCUCUCCCUCCCUCCCUCCCUCCUCCCAGCGCAGGAACAAAAAGACAUCUGAGCUAUGUGGAUGGGGAAGAAAAAUCGCAGCACUUUGUACAGCGGGCCACCGCGCUCCGGUUUCACAAAGUCUCUGACAGGCGGAGCGGCGCGCUGUUUUUACGCAUAGCCUCCAGUCCUGCGAGGCAUUGUAGACAUUGUUUGGUAGCUGUGUAGUAGACUCCUGAGAAGACACCGGAGCGGCACAGUCUCUGAUAACCUGGAUACCUGAGUCCGAUGUAAGUUUUUAAGAAAAAAAAAAGAAAAGACAAGAGAGGCGCUUGCUUGGAGACGCGGACCGAAGCUGCGUAAAGGCGUGACGCAUGGACUUGUAAUGUUUAAGAAAGACAUUUCGACCGAUAGAGCUGCGUUUGUUUCCAACUGAACUUUACGUUCAAAUCCGCUGAAGAUCAAGUGACAAGUAAAGGAAGAAGAAGAAGAAAGCAAGGCGUCACAAAUGAGGUGACGGCGCAGAGUCUCUCCUUGGACGUUUUGAUACUGUAACGACCUUGACUUCACUUUUGAAGAGACGCAGAACAUGUUGUGAGAGAAUCUCUCGCGGUGUUAUUUACUCAUUAACUACACGAGCUGUGUUUGGAGGCAAGACUGAACAGGUUACUGAAGGGUGCUGAGGCUCUGACAGGACACCGGCCAGAGAAAAGAGCGAUUUCGGCCGCGCAAGAAAAAAAAAAAAAGAAGAAGAAAAGAAACGAAAAGAAAGAAGGAGGAGGAGGAGGCGCCUCUCCCGUUGAAGCUGAACCGCUUUUAGAUGGAUUCUUCAUGUUUGCUUCAGCCGCAGAGGAGUCAGCCCGCUCUGAACACUCGCACCUUGCCGUGACAGUGAAGUGCAAAACAUGACGCGUCGCGGCGUAUGGAUUGCCAAAAACAUGAGCUGGACGCAGCGCGGAAGAAGCGGCUCUCACAUCGUCCCCGGUGCGCAGCAGACUGCGCGCAGCACAGCCGGUGGGACCAGAUGGAGGGUUCGGAGGAAGGAUAGACAGGAGAUUACCUCUGUAAUGUCAGCAAAGGCCAAGGUGCUGCUCUGGGUGCUCCUCUCUCUGCUGCCUCUGGCGGAAGGAGCUCAUAUGAAAGCGGGUGCUGCUGGUGUGGGAUCAGACUCAGGCCACGCUGUGGGCCUGCUGGGAGGCCAGGAGGAGCGAGAGCUUCCUGUGACGUUGCCAGAGGUGGUGGAGGACGAGGAGCAGGAAGAUGACAGUGACCCUUACUCCACUUGGCAUGCUCUAUAUGAUCCUUUUGUGAUGGAUGAGGUGGAUGACCAUCCCAGUAGUCGCUGGGCCGGGCGUUCUCCACGCUCCUCUGACCCCACGGAACCUCAACCCAAGGGAUCACAGAAGAAGAAGAAGAAGAGGAGGAGGAAAGAGGAAGAGGAAGAGACAGGAAAAAGAGAUAAAAAGGGUAAAGGUAAAAACAGGCGGCCAAAGCAGAGCAGCAGAGACUGCCGUGUGGAGAAGAGAGAGAUGAGGGUUCGGGACCUGGGCCUGGGGUUUGACUCAGAUGAGAUUGUCCUCUUUAAGUUUUGCGUGGGUUCCUGCCAGUCUUCAAGAACAAAUUACGACCUGGCGCUGAAGGCGCUGCUGGAAAAUGGGUCGCUGCCUCGGCGCAAGGUCAGCAGCCACCCCUGCUGCCGGCCCGACCGGUACGAGUCAGUCUCCUUCAUGGACGCCCAGACCACGUGGAGGACCAUCCAGUCGUUAUCUGCCGCCAGCUGCAUGUGUAUGGGCUGAGGAGAUGAAUGAGGGUAGGUGUCAUCCACCCUUAAGAGAGAGGCUCAGGGUGGAUGUUGUAUGAGGCCUGGGCUUGGGUGUAGAAAACAGCCAGAGUGGGCGCUGUCAUAUACACAGAGCAGGGGAAGUGAUGAAGGCCGCUUUCUGGCUUUGCAUCUUCAGUUGAGGAGGAAGAGGUCUGGGUGCAGCUGGACGGUGAGGGUCAAAAUCAGAGACUGGGGGGGAGGACAAUGGGGAAUCACAGUCUGGAUUUACAGUUGCCUCAUCAAAGGAUAAAUUGUUUUCAACUGAAUAAGUGGUCGCUAAUGCAGGAUACAGCAGACCAGUUAUUACUCACAGAAGAGACUCUUUAUGUGAACACGGCUGUUUUGAUUCUAUACGGACGAGACCUGAAGGCCGAAGCUCAAGAGAUAAAAAGAAAAGACACAGUUAAAGGACUUGUGCUGUGUUUAUAUUCGGAUUUAAACAAACAAACAAAAAAAAAAUGAAAUGAUGUUCACUACAGCUCACAGUGAAACCAGCUCCUAACAGAAGUUCAAUAUCUUUUUUUUUUCCACACACAAACAGGGACAUUACAUUGUAUCGUUUCUAUGUUCAGGUGAACUCAGCCAAAUGGAUGCCAUGCAUCUUCAUGUAUUACUGUAUAAAAGUAAAAUAUAUUUAUUUCUGAUAAAUUAUUUAUUUAUUAUAGCUUCAUAUGAGAGCUGUUUUUAUGAACUCUAUAUUGUAGAUAAAUAUCUAUUUAUUGCCAAGAUUCAGAUUACAUGUUGACAGUUACUUCUGCUCGCAUACAGUACGUACAUUUUUUAUUUUUUAAAGGUGCUGAUUUUCACAUUUAUUAAACGUCUCAUGUACCCUGAAAACUUCCGUUUUUGAAAUUAGUUGAGUGAUUGUAUCAAACAAAAGCACCAAAAAAAAAUUCUCUCACAUUUCAUCCAUGGGAAACUUUUUUUUAAAAAAAAAAAAUCUGAAUAACAAACUGACCUACAUUGAAUAAUGUGGUAUACUCAAUAAAUAUUUUUCCUCAAGAGCAUCUCACAAACGUGAGAGCAGAUCUCUAUUUUUGUGGUGAAUUCUGGGUAGUGAUAUCAGCUUUUCCAUGGUAUGAUUGAAACAGAAAAUCAGUUUUACAACUAGAAUGUGUGUAAGGCAAACAAGUGAAACAUUUAUACUACAGGACCUCAACGUUUCUCAGUUUAU